AUGCCUUUAACAGACAUUUUUCGUCGUGCCUCAACUUACAUUAUGGGCCUUGAAGAAGGAACCAAUGAAAAAUGGUCAAACUAUGACAAUAACGAAGUACUUUUUUGCAAGAAUAAUGUUUGCGUACAUCCACCGGCAAUGAUGAGGCAUGAAAAUGACAUCCUACAUAAUCCAGGCUAUCUAACUGUUACCACAAAAGUAUUCAUAGACCAAUUUAAUGAUGUCAAAAGACCCACCUUAUUCCUAACCUGGAUACCAAACACCGACCUAUCCAAAUGCCACACUACUCUACAAAAAAAGCACACGAGCCUUGAAAGCCUCACCUCAAACGAUUCCUACAAUAGCAACUCAAACGAACACGUCGUGAUCACAAGACCCUUGAGCAUCGAAUUAAAAAGCACAAACCCUUUUUUGAAUUUCGAAGACAAAACCUCGGAAUCCAUAAGCUCGGAAGAGAGCGACAAAUUGAUCAGCAUCAACGUGGAUAUAUCAAAUCCAGAAAUCGAAAUUAUACAAACUCCGGACAGCGUCAAGGAUCCAAUUGAGCUGUUCGAGUUUUCCAGAAGCGCCAGCGUAACUUCAACCGACAGCCAAUAUUGGAUUUCGACGCCCGAGUAUUUGAUGCAAAAGCACAACUUGACUUUUCCAGAAUCGGUCAAUAGUUCGCCGAUAAUGCCUACCAAACGACCUUCGCACAAGUGCAGGAGAUUCAGCGUGGAUUUGAGCCAAAUGAGAUCGUUGAGGUUGUUCUUCAACGAUAAUAGUUGUACUUGCGGUCAACUGGUGGUUGCAUCUAGAGAAUCGCAAUAUAAAAUAUUGCAUUUUCAUCAUGGAGGUUUGGAUCAUUUGGCUCAAGUUUUGCAUCAGUGGCAUUCGUUACUACAUAGUAUUAAGUUAGCAAAAGGUGGAGAUGAAAAUCUCCCCUACAGACACUUCAUGGUAUGUCGUCCCGAAGUGUCCGAAAUCGAGCUUCAUCCCGAAGAAGGUCAAAUUCCUAAACUUUCCCAACAAAUUUUCCAUAGCCUAUUCAACGAAGCCGGCCAGUUGGAAGAUGACUUAACCCUAAGAAAAUAUGUGUUUUUUUCUGGAAUGGAUAGGGACAUUCGAAAAGAGGUUUGGCCUUUUUUGUUGCACGUUUACCCUUACCAGAGCAGUUUCGAGGAACGACUGCAAAUUGCCGAAAUAAGGAAGCAAGAGUAUGAAGAGAUUACUAGAAGAAGGCUGGAUUUGAAUGAAAACAAAUUGAAUCAGUUUAGGAGGAAAAUUCAAAGUGUUGUUGAAAAAGAUGUAGUGAGGACUGAUAGAGGAAAUCCAUUUUUUGCCGGAGACAAUAAUCCAAAUUUGAUAGUUAUGAAGAAUAUUUUGCUCAACUAUGCUAUUUACAAUCCUGGACUAGGAUACACCCAAGGCAUGAGUGAUCUUCUUUCGCCAGUAUUAUGCGAACUUAAAGACGAAGUGGCAGCUUUUUGGUGCUUUGUGGGUCUAAUGCAACGGGCAGUUUUCGUAGCUACUCCCACCGACAGAGAUAUGGACAGAUCUUUAAGAUAUUUACGUGAACUUGUUAGAUUAAUGGUACCAAAAUUCUACGAGCAUCUCGACAAGCAUAAAGACGCAAUGGAAUUGCUUUUUUGUCACAGAUGGAUUUUAUUAUGUUUCAAGCGCGAGUUUACUGAAGCAGUGGCCUUAAGAAUGUGGGAAUCGUGCUGGGCAAAUUAUCUUACUGAUUAUUUUCAUUUAUUCUUAUGCUUGAGCAUAAUAUUUGUUUAUGCUGAAGAUGUUAUAGCUCAGGAUUUGAGAGCUGAUGAAAUGCUGUUGCACUUUAGCUCAUUAGGUACUUAG